GCGCAGCUUAUUCUGUAUGCUCCUCAAACUCUAACUGAAGCUGAGUCCGGACCAAAACGGCUACCUACAUUCCCGAGGACCACUUUCUGCGCCGCUCAUGAACUUUUCAUUCCUACAAUCCAGAAGAAACACUCGGGGAACACCUGGACACUCACGCUUCCUAGUUAUAUAACUUUUUGCUGCACUUGAGUGACUCCUUUACAUUCCUCAUACUUUAUCUCCGGACUCACGCCUAUUUUUCUCGUUUUUCCUUUCUUUUUUUUUUUUUUUUUUUUUUAAAUCAACGAACAAAAGUCUUAUUUUUCUGUUACUCAACUACUCUGAAUAGACCAAAUAAGCAGGAAUCAGUGGCCUCGUUUUUGCACAACAUAUACAUAGUCAUAACUGUUUUAUUUUUUUACGUUUAGUCUUAAGUUAAGUAAGGAAACAGUAAACAAUGGCAGGUGUGAACUCUCUGGAUGCUGUGAAGAGAAAGAUUCAGUGUUUGCAGCAGCAGGCCGACGACGCAGAAGAUCGGGCUCAGGUCCUACAGAGAGAGCUGGACAGUGAACGGGAGCUCCGGGAAAAAGCAGAGGGUGAGGUAGCAGCUCUUAACCGUAGGAUCCAGCUGGUGGAGGAGGAGCUGGACCGUGCCCAGGAGAGACUGGCCACAGCGCUGCAGAAACUGGAGGAGGCAGAGAAGGCUGCAGAUGAGAGCGAGAGAGGAAUGAAGGUGAUUGAGAACCGAGCGAUGAAGGAUGAGGAGAAGAUGGAGAUUCAGGAGAUGCAGCUGAAGGAGGCCAAACACAUCGCAGAGGAGGCCGACCGCAAAUACGAGGAGGUGGCUCGUAAACUGGUGAUCUUGGAGGGCGAGCUGGAGAGAGCUGAGGAGAGGGCCGAGCUCUCAGAAUGUAAAGCCAGUGACCUAGAGGAGGAGCUGAAAAAUGUGACCAACAACCUGAAGUCCUUAGAAGCCCAGUCUGAGAAGUACUCAGAAAAAGAAGACAAGUACGAAGAGGAGAUCAAAGUUCUGACUGACAAACUGAAGGAGGCUGAAACCCGUGCAGAGUUUGCCGAGAGGACAGUUGCCAAACUGGAAAAGAGCAUCGAUGACCUGGAAGAGAAACUAUCACAUGCCAAAGAGGAGAAUCUGGGCAUGCACCAAGUCCUGGACCAGACCCUGCAGGAGCUGAACAGCUUAUAAACACACACAGAGGAAGCUGGAGAGGAUGAGGUCGUCAUUAACAUUCCAUUAAACGUUCGACUCCAUUCCGCCUUUCAAGCUGUAAAAUCUUUAUUCCCCACCUAAAGGGGGAUUAACUUAAU